AUGAAUUACUAUCAAAGACAACAGCAACAAAAUUUUUCCAUAGUUUCCAAGAAAGAAACAACGGUUACUACUAAUAUCAAUCGAACUCUAAAUGAAUUACCACAAUUUCAACCAAUAAAACCUUUCGUGUUAUUUUAUAUACAUCGAACACAAGCACACUUUGUCUUGGAUGAGCUCCUUAGUGAAGCUGCAAAAACCAAAAUAUUUACAAUAGUUCCUAAAAUAGGUUCAUUAUUUUCAAAUUAUAUGUUUAUACAGGUUGAAUUAAUUCAAGACUCAUACACAAUGGUUGCACUCAUUGAAUAUUCAAAUGAAAAUGAUAGAAACUCAUACUAUUAUGAUAUACUCAGUAAUUUCUUUACUAUUAUCUUUCACUCUUCGAAAACAAUUCAAACGUGGGGUAAUCUUAGUGAUUUAAUGAUGCCAUAUACACAAUAUGGUCUAUUUACAUACGAGGCAGUUCUUCAAGCGGAAGCAAUUGAUAUUCAAUUAAAAUUUAAACCAUGGUAUAAUCGUAUAUUUCGUCAUUCUAUACAAUGUCAUCAGUAUCUGAAAUUUGAUGAAAUUGAUACUUCAUUAUGUACCUGUGCUCAUCGACCCUAUAAAUCAUCGUCAUGUCAAUGGUCAAUAUCAAAAGCUAUUGCUUAUACAUUUGAAGAACGUUAUGAUUCUUAUCCACAUGAGAUUGAUAAAUGUAUAGCAAUUACUAAAUUAGGGCAUGUAAUUCAUGAAAAAUGGACAAGUGAAAUAUUAGAAGCCUACAAAUACAAGCUACAUAUCAAUGAAAAGGUAAUGAAACUGAAUUUCUAUAAAUAUUUUCAAGAAUGA